GGGAUCCCAGCGACGCGUCCGACGCGUCCGCGCGCCAGGAUUACUGCGUCCUCCUGUCUGUCUGUCUGUCCGGCGGCGGGCGAGGUCCGGGCUGGGGCAAAGCGGUGCCCUCCCUCCCUCCUUCCCUCCCUCCCUCCCUCCCUCCUGGGAACCAGCGGGGAAAGAGCCAGCGCGGGGAGAUCACGGUCGCGAACACCAGUGGGGUGGGGCGUGCCCACGGCCCCCGCCCCUCCGGGGUCCCCCAGCUGCAGCUCGGUAGCCGCGAUCCCCACACUACGCCCCCUUCCCUGGGCAAUCUGCGACCACUCAGGCCGGCCAGGAGAAGGGACAGGGGUGCAGGGAGCCCCGUCGGGAGGGGCGGACCCGAGUCACCCCGAAGCGAGGCACGGGAUUUGGAAAGCGGAGCUGAGCGCGCAAGGAGCAGCAGGCUGGGGCCAGGGCCUCCUGGGUGACAAGGCCCUGCGUGGCGGACAGAAGGAACGAGAGAGAAGCAGGGACAGGCCGGACCUAGAGGGGCAAGCGCCUCCUCACUCCUGCACCUGCACCGAGGGGACUAAGGAACUGAGAUCAUGUCCCCCACCUAGGACAGACAUUGCCUUCCGCGCACCGCCGUGUGCAACAGCUGCGCUCUGCGGGAAGGGGUCCUCGCAGCGUCUGGAUGGCCACCCAUCCCCCUAACCCAGGCCUCUAGGCCUUGGAGAGGAGCCCAGCUGGAAAAGAGGCCACACUCCUCGCCGCCCGCCCUGGAGAGGGAGGACGAAGCUUCCCCGGUGCUCCCAGGCCCAGGAGGAGCUGGGCCAGCAACAGUGGGGACCUGGCCCCGCAGGCGGCAGAGGCCAUGUCACGGCCAGGCCAAGGUGUGAUGGUGCCAGUGAACGGGCUGGGCUUCCCGCCGCAGAACGUGGCCCGGGUGGUGGUGUGGGAGUGGCUCAAUGAACACAGCCGCUGGCGACCCUACACGGCCACCGUGUGCCACCACAUCGAGAAUGUUCUUAAGGAGGAUGCCCGGGGCUCUGUAGUCCUUGGCCAGGUGGACGCCCAGCUGGUGCCCUACAUCAUCGACCUACAGUCCAUGCAUCAAUUCCGGCAAGACACAGGUACCAUGCGGCCAGUGCGACGCAACUUCUACGACCCGUCGUCGGCGCCGGGCAAGGGCAUCGUGUGGGAAUGGGAGAACGACGGCGGGGCGUGGACCGCCUACGACAUGGACAUCUGCAUCACCAUCCAGAACGCGUACGAGAAGCAGCACCCGUGGCUCGACCUCUCAUCGCUCGGCUUCUGCUACCUCAUCUACUUCAACAGCAUGUCCCAGAUGAACCGCCAGACGCGCCGCCGCCGCCGCCUGCGCCGUCGCCUGGACCUGGCUUACCCGCUCACGGUCGGCUCUAUUCCCAAGUCGCAGUCCUGGCCCGUGGGAGCCAGCUCGGGUCAGCCCUGCUCCUGUCAGCAGUGCCUGCUGGUCAACAGCACGCGCGCCGCCUCCAACGCCAUCCUGGCCUCGCAGCGCCGCAAGGCGCCCAUUGCUCCAGCCGCGCCUCCAGCGCCCCCGCCGCCCCCGCCGCCGCUGUCACCCGGAGGGCCUCCGGGUGCGCUCGUUGUGCGCCCCAGCGCCACUUUCGCUGGGGCCGCGCUCUGGGCCGCACCUGCCGCCGGCCCCACGGAGCCCGCGCCUCCUCCAGGAGUUCCCCCAAGGAGCCCGAGUGCCCCCAACGGAGCGCCCACCCCGGGCCAAAACAACCUCAGCCGUCCAGGACCACAGAGAUCCACCAGCGUCAGCGCACGCGCCUCUAUCCCACCUGGGGUUCCGGCGCUCCCCGUGAAGAACUUGAAUGGCACUGGGCCUGUGCACCCAGCCCUGGCAGGGAUGACCGGGAUCCUGCUGUGUGCAGCCGGUCUGCCAGUGUGUCUGACACGAGCGCCCAAACCCAUUCUGCACCCGCCGCCGGUAAGCAAGAGCGACGUGAAGCCUGUGCCUGGCGUGCCCGGCGUGUGCCGCAAGACCAAGAAAAAACACCUCAAGAAAAGCAAGAAUCCCGAGGAUGUGGUCCGGAGGUACAUGCAGAAGGUGAAAAACCCACCUGAUGAGGACUGUACCAUCUGCAUGGAGCGGCUGGUCACAGCAUCCGGCUAUGAGGGCGUGCUCCGGAACAAGAGUGUGCGGCCCGAGCUUGUGGGCCGCCUGGGUCGCUGCGGACACAUGUACCACCUGCUCUGCCUGGUGGCCAUGUACUCCAAUGGCAACAAGGAUGGCAGUCUGCAGUGCCCCACCUGCAAAGCUAUCUACGGGGAGAAGACAGGGACACAACCACCGGGGAAGAUGGAGUUUCACCUCAUCCCGCACUCGCUGCCUGGUUUCGCAGACACCCAGACGAUCCGCAUUGUCUAUGACAUCCCCACGGGCAUCCAGGGCCCUGAACAUCCCAAUCCAGGCAAGAAGUUCACCGCCAGAGGCUUCCCUCGCCACUGCUACCUACCCAACAAUGAGAAGGGCCGGAAGGUGCUGAGAUUGCUCAUCACCGCCUGGGAACGCAGACUUAUCUUCACUAUCGGAACGUCCAACACCACGGGCGAGUCGGACACCGUGGUGUGGAACGAGAUUCACCACAAGACGGAGUUUGGUUCCAACCUCACUGGCCACGGCUACCCCGACGCCAGCUACCUAGACAACGUGCUGGCUGAGCUCACCGCCCAGGGUGUUUCUGAGGCCAUGGCCAAGGCCUGAGGCCUGAGUUGCCCCGCCUUCCCUCUUGCCUUGCCCCUAGCCCGGCACAUGCCUCCCUCCACCAGGUGGGAGGAGCCAGAAGCGCUAAAGGGAUCUGGCUGGUGGCUGUGGGGGGUGAUGGGAGCGCCCCAGGCCAGCUGGCUCCAACCUGUGGCUUCCAGGCAAGAGCAGCAGAGAUAGGACCACCAGCAAGGGCGACUUCCCUAUGGAAACGAUGGCGCUUUGCCCUUCACAUCACACACAGACGCACACGUGUCCUGUUGCACGCACGCACUCACGCACGUACACCCACGUGCCUCUUGACUUCUCCCAGCUUGGGGAGAAAAGAGACAGAAAGGCCCCCAUGACACAUCCUGUGGAUUCCGCCUGUGUCUCCAUUACAUCUGUAUAGGCUCGUCCCCUUCCCAGGACUUGAGUCAAGCAUGGGAUAGUGGGGACUCUGUAAGGCUUCCAGGGACCAGUCUGCCCCUGGGCCUCAACCCAUGUCAGCGCCGCCACCUACCCACUGAGCACUGCAAAGCCAAUGGGGUAGAAAUCCCAGGUUACCGAGUAGCUUUUCGCAGGCCACUGGGGACGAGGCUAUCAUAUUUUGUGCUUGUGUCUACCUUUCCGGGACCCUGACUACUUCUUCCUGUGCCCAUCUCUUGACCUCUGUCUAUCCCAGGCAAAGGCAUCGUCCUUGCCUCUGUACCGGCUUCUCCCCUACUAAACCACUCCGGACAUUUGAGACCCAACUUCUCGCUUCAGGGGCGAAGGGAGGCCUUGUUCAGGCUACCCGUGUUGAGCUGACCAGGCAGCAAGGCGUUAACUUCUCCCUGCUUGGAAGUGGGCGGUGGGCGACUGAUCUUCUCAGGCCAACCAGAGGCCCGUUGCCCAGGCAACUCACCAGCUCCGCCUCUGAGGAUUGGCUGCUGGGAUGGAAGUCAGCCAAGCUUUAAAGGGACGCCAGCAAUUGCUCUUUUGAAAAAAAAAAAAAAUCUACCAGUCCCACUGUGGGUGGAGAAAUAAAAGGUCUUUCUCCUUGUCA